CUUUCGACUUCUUUUCCAUCCAUUAAUUCCAUUUUCGAUCUUUUUCUCUCUCAAAAUAUUCAUUCUGUUUCUUCUCCUCUGCAACUUUCUCUCGUUUGUCUCUCUUCUUUGAUCUCUAAAAUGUCGACGGAGAAGGAAAGAGAGAGCCAUGUUUAUAUGGCGAAGCUCGCCGAGCAGGCUGAGCGAUACGAUGAAAUGGUAGAAAGUAUGAAGAAAGUUGCUAAACUUGAUCUUGAGCUGACUGUAGAGGAAAGGAACCUUCUCUCUGUUGGUUACAAAAAUGUCAUUGGAGCACGCCGAGCUUCCUGGCGAAUUAUGUCUUCUAUUGAGCAGAAAGAAGAGUCCAAAGGAAAUGAGCAUAAUGUGAAACUGAUCAAUGGUUAUCGGCACAAUGUAGAGGAGGAGCUUUCUAAGAUCUGCCAUGACAUCUUGACUAUCAUAGAUAAGCACCUGAUCCCUUCUUCAAGCUCUGGAGAAUCAACCGUUUUCUACUACAAGAUGAAGGGAGACUAUUACCGUUAUCUUGCUGAGUUUAAGACUGACCAAGAAAGAAAAGAAGCCGCGGAUCAAUCAUUGAAGGGCUACCAGGCUGCUUCUGCCACUGCAAAUACAGAUCUUCCCCCAACUCAUCCAAUCCGCUUAGGUCUUGCCCUAAACUUCUCUGUCUUCUACUAUGAGAUUCUGAAUUCCCCUGAGAGGGCCUGCCAUUUGGCAAAACAAGCGUUUGACGAAGCUAUUGCAGAAUUGGACACCUUGAGUGAGGAGUCAUACAAGGAUAGCACCUUGAUCAUGCAGCUGUUGAGGGACAACCUUACUUUGUGGACCUCUGACCUGCCUGAAGAUGGAGGUGAGGAGGGGAUUAAGUUUGAGGAGACCAAAGCUGCGGAACCUGAGCAUUGAGGAGACCUUCAAAUUUUUGCAUGUCGUAAGCUGAUGUCAGGUAUGGCGUUCAUGGAUUUCAAAGUCGACUUGCAAGCAGAGCAUUUUUUGCUUUUCUUCUUGGGGGUUGUGGGGAUGAAGCAGAGGACUCACUGUAGUAGCUGAUAUUAUGUCAUGGGCUUUCUUUAUAGCCUCGAGAUUAGUUAGUUCAUUUGGCUUGAUUUAAAAUUUUCCUUUCUCAUUACCUUCCCAUUUCCCCGUAUCAUUCAUCUUGUGUCAUUCUUCUCUCAUAAUGACAAGGAGAUAAAAGAGAUGCAUUCUUUUAUGGAAUUUUGGGUAUAUUUUGGGAAGGCAGGAUGCAGUGGUUAAUCUUUUCAUGUUUUUUUUUUUUUCCUUCUUCUUCUGUUCUACUCAGGGUUGUUGUGUACUUUUUAUCCAUACGUCCCUGGAUAUCUUCUGUUUACUUUUCUUAUUCUUAUUCUAUAAUAAUUGCUAGAUUGCAUUCUUGUC